AUGUAUUUCGAAUGGGCAACUAAACUGAAUCGCUUUACGCUGAACAUCAUCGGUUUAUGGCCAGGAAUUUACGAAAAUACCCGCGAUAGACUUUUAUCAGACUUGCGCACGAUAUUUUGUUUCUUCUUAAUUGUUUUCGUCUGUCUAAUUCCUUCGAUACAUUCGUUGGUGAGAACUUGGAGUGACAUGAUCGCGAAAAUCGACAAUCUGCAAUUCACUUUACCCUUAAUGAUAGUGGUAAUAAAGGUGAUAAUCAUACGAUGGAACAAAACUGAUCUUACACUGGUGUUAAAAAUGAUUGCUGACGAUUGGACGAAGGAUAAGAGCGAGAAGGAACAGCGUGUAAUGAUAAAAUACGCACAGAAUGCGCGAAUCAUUCUCAUCAUUGGGUACAUCAUCAUGAUUGUAGGAUUAAGUUUCGUCGUCUUUCUACCUUGCUUCGGAACAUCGCUGAGAUACAUAACAAAUAUCACCGAUCCGGUCAAGAUCUUGCCACUACCAACGUAUUACAUUUAUGAUAAAGAUCAGACUCCGUACUAUGAACUUACAUAUACUGCGCAAGCUGUAACACUCGUAAUGGCAGUUGCAUCUUACACCGGCGUAGAUAAUCUGCUCGGAUUAUUGAUAUUCCACUUGUGUGGUCAGAUGGAAAAUUUAAAAGAGCGAUUGAUUCUCAUCAACAUGAGACAUAAAACCUUUUCUGAAGGUCUCACUUUCAUCGUCGAAGAUCACAUACGGCUAAUCAAAUAUUUCCACACUGUUGAGAGUACAUUCACUGUAUUGCUACUCGGAUUGCUGCUUUAUUUUGGCAUUUUAUUCUGUCUAUACGGAUUCUUGAUUGUCACGAUACUCACGGAAGGAAAAGAAAUGUCAAUAUUUCGUUUGAUAUAUCUAAUAUCUAUAGUGUUAAAUGUCUGCGGCCAUAUGUGCCUAUAUUGCGUAGUGGGCGAGAUUCUCGUAGCACAGUGCGAAGGAAUAUAUCACGCAGCAUAUGAUUGCGAAUGGUACACGCUAGAGCCAGAAAAGACAAGAACUUUGAUCCUGAUAAUGAUACGGGCCAAUAAGCUCCUUCAUAUUACAGCUGGGAAAAUGUUCCCUAUGACACUGUCGAUGUUUUGCAACUUAGUAAAAACUUCAGGCGGCUACGUAUCAGUUUUACUCGCCAGCCAAGGUUCAUAAAACUAACUUCAAAGUUGCGAGAAAGAAAUAUCAUACACUUAACAGAAAUUAUAAUAUAUUUGACAGAAC